AUUGUUGUUGACAAAAAUAAUAAUUCUUUGAAUUUCUGCAGUUAGCAAACAAUUCAGAAUUUAAACUAGAACAAUAAAAUUGAGAUGAGGCGAAGAGAUGAAAACUUUCCUGAUAAUGGUUUUGAAGCUUGGGGUGGAUAUAUGCAGGCAAAAAUUUCGAAAUUGGAGGAACAGUUUAGUGUACAAGCUUGCAAAAAUGAUAAAUUAACAAAUAUAUUUGGUGGAGUCAGCAUUUAUGUUAAUGGAUUUACGAUACCUUCAGCUGAAGAACUAAAAGAGCUGAUGGCUUUACACGGAGGCGUGUAUCACACAUACCAGAGAGCUGAAGACUUCAUAAUAGCUUCCAACUUGCCCGACACUAAAGUGAAGAACAUGUCGCUAUCCAGAGUAAUAAAACCAGAAUGGAUUACAGAUAGUAUAGCAGCAAAUCAACUUCAGGACUACAAAAACUACUUGCUUUACAGAAAUUCAAGGACACAACCACAAUUGAACUUUCAUAAAAAUGUUAAACAUGAAGUUUCCAAAGUUGAAAAUGUUCAUUUAGAGGAGAGCACUGUCCCUAAUAGUAAUAUAUUAUUUAAAGAUGAUGAAGAACCUGUAAAACCAGUGGCUGCUGUGAACAAUUUAGAUAUAAUGUGUAAUGAAACCAAACAUAUUCCUACAAAUGUUACCUCCAAUGUAAGUAAUGAUCCAAGUAAUCCAGUCUGUGAUUUUAAGAAAAAUGAUUCUUCAACCAAAACAGCAGCAGAUCCUAAUUUCAUAUCGGAAUUUUAUAACAAUUCCAGACUACACCAUAUCUCUCAAUUGGGAGCUUGUUUCAAACAACACGUUAAUGACCUGCGGGAGAACAGCAAUUUUAAAUUCCCAGCUCGGACUGCUCUAAGAGAUAGAGUAUGCUUGUUAGACAAUCCUGCUAAUUCAUCUCCAUUAAAUUUCGAAAAGGGUAAAACUAUUAUGCAUAUAGACAUGGAUUGUUUCUUUGUGUCCGUAGGACUUCGUAAUAGACCAGAGUUACGUGGCAAACCUGUAGCUGUCACACAUUCCAAGGGAGGCCAGGCCAGACCCAAGAGAGCAGGAGUCGACAGAAACACUGAAUUUAACUUGUAUCGAAAAAAACAAGCAAGCAAGUUGAGUAAAGUAAACGGAGUCCCUGAAGAAGAAAUUGAAUUUGAAAGCAGAGUUGAUAACAUUACAGAUGAAGAUGACAAAUAUGGAUCUAUGAGUGAAAUAGCAUCUUGCUCAUAUGAAGCUAGGGAAAAAGGAAUCAGCAAUGGGAUGUUUAUGGGGGCUGCAUUAAAGUUAUGUCCUAAUAUACAAACAAUACCUUAUGAUUUUGAUGGGUACAAAGAAGUAGCUUAUACACUUUACAAUACAGUUGCUCAAUACAUACUAGAUAUAGAAGCAGUUUCAUGUGAUGAAAUGUAUGUUGAUUGCACUGAACUACUAAAAGAUAUGAACAUAAGUGUGCAAGACUUUGCAACUGUUUUAAGAUCUGAAAUAAAAGAGAAAACUGGUUGUCCGUGUUCCACAGGAUUUGGAGGCAAUCGCUUGCAGGCCAGAUUGGCUACUAAAAAAGCUAAACCAGAUGGUCAGUUCUUUUUAACUGCAGACUUAGUUGAAGACUUUAUGAUUGAAAUCAAACUGAAAGACCUUCCUGGAGUAGGCAGACAGACUGCUCAUAAAUUAGAACAUCUUGGGCACAGCACCUGUGGAUCACUACAAAGUCUGUCUUUGGCAACCUUGCAGCGCCAUCUGGGCAACAAAACUGGUGCCCAACUCUUUGAUCAGUGUCGUGGGCGAGAUUUAAACCCAUUAUCAUUUCAUACAGUCAGAAAAUCUGUAUCAGCUGAAGUCAAUUAUGGAAUCCGUUUUGAAAAUAAUGACCAGUGUAUUGAAUUUCUGAAGCAAUUAUCAACUGAAGUGCAUUCCAGAAUGACACAAUUCAAGGUCUUAGGUAAAUGUAUAACAUUGAAACUAAUGGUUAGAGCUGAUAAUGCUCCUGUAGAAACUGCAAAAUUUAUGGGUCAUGGAUUCUGUAAUGUUGUGAAUAAAUCUACUGCCCUUAAUAAUGCUACAAAUGAUGUUGAAGUUAUAACAAAGGAAGUAAUAGCACUUUGCAAGAAACAAAAUAUAGAUCCAAGGGAAAUGAGAGGUAUUGGAAUACAAAUCACAAAACUUGAAAGUAGUAAUGUCAAACCAACAAAAGGCGCUAUUAGUAAAUUCUUAUCAUCAAUAAAGCCAAUCAAAUUGGAGACAAAAGCUGAUAACAUUGGUAAUAUGCCAGGAGAAAACAUCUUACUGGGAAAUAAAGUUUCUGUGAAACCAGAUCUCUCUGUAUCUCCACAAAAGAUAAAAAUGUCUUCACCUCCUGAACAGAAAUCACCUGUAAUAGCACUACUCAAAUCACCAUCUACAAAACGAAGAGGAAGGCCUCCAAAAAAUUCUAAACCUAAUAAAAGCACUUCUAGAAACUUAAUGAAUAAAUUUCUUCAAGGGCAAAGUGUUUCAAGAGACACACCAUAUAAAAACCCUAUGAUUAAAGAACAUAAAACAAGAGAUGUGGCUUUGAAAGAUCCUAUGACAAAAAGAGAUGAUGACAAAGUUAUAGGCCAAGAAAAUAGCUGCAGUAAAGUUAUAGUAAAAAAGGAGGAACCUAAGGGAUUGCUUGGUCUACCUUGGGAAAAGGUUCGCGAGUUAUUACGCGCCUGGUUGGACAGCGGACAGACGCCUUUGCCCUGUGAUGUUACCAUGAUCUCUGAAUACAUGUGCACUAUGGUCGUAUCCCGAAACAUAGACAAACUAAACAUUCUCGUAAACUUUCUCAAAAGAAGAACAAAGGAAAUGAACUGUGACCAAUGGCUAGAGGUGUUCAACCAGAUCUUGGAUCAAGUGCAGAACACAAUGAUAGGUGUGUAUGGAAAGAAGCUUUUUAUAAAAUAAUACACAAGUUUUCAUACAUAUCAUUUAUUUCUUGUUUUGAUUUAUUUUCUAAGACUAAAACAAAAAACAAUUUACGUUAUAAUAUAGUGUCAUGCAAUGAUUUUGCUUGUAACUGCUGUCGUAGUAAUGUACUGUAAAUACUGUAAUGAAUUUUGAUACAGACUUCAUGAUUUUGAUACAAUAUUAAAUAUUGGUAGCUAUAGAUUUCAGCAGUUACAUUUAGCACUGUAAAACAAUUUGAAACAGCCUUCAUUAGUUUUAUUGACAAUUUUUACCUAUAUUAUAACUACCAAAUUAUCAUAUUCAAUUUAAAACCUUGAUCUUAAAGACACGUGGUAUACUU